GUUCGACAGUGAGCUGAGCCAGGCUCUGGAGCAGGCCGCCCUGGAGAGGGAGCAGAAGGACAAGGCCUGCCAGGAGAGCACGGCUCUGGGGGCGGAGCUCUACGGUUUGCGCCGCAGCCUGCAGGAGGGCCAGGUGGAGGCGGCCCGUCUCCAGAAGCAGAAGGACGAGUUGUGCGCUCAGAUCCGUGACCUCAGCCUGCCGGUGGAUCUGGCCUCCGACUCGCUGCCCGACCUCAAGAAGAAGCUCCGCCUCCUGGAGGUGGAGGCCGGCGAGCGAGCGCACGAGGUCACCGAGCUCGCCAGCAAAAUACAGCAGCAGCAACAAGUGCACAUGCGCUCUGAGAUGGAGAUGGAGAGGAUGAAGCAGAUGCACCAGAAGGAGCUGGAGGACAAAGAGGAGGAGCUAGAGGACGUGCACAAGUCGUCCCAGAGACGGCUCAGGCAGUUGGAGAUGCAGCUGGAGCAGGAGUACGAGGAGAAACAGAUGGUGAUUCACGAGAAGCACGACUUGGAAGGACUCAUAGCAACUCUGUGUGACCAGGUGGGCCACCGGGACUUCGACGUGGAGAAGAAGUUGAGGAGGGACCUGAAGAGGACCCAUGCCCUGCUGGCCGACGCCCAGCUCCUCCUCUCCACCGUGGACAGCCCAGGGCAGCACCUCCCCGCCGGGGGCCGCGAGCAGAUCGAGCGCCUGCACUGCCAGUUGGAGGAGAGCGAGGCGAGGAGGCUGGAGGUGGACGCCGAUGUGGGGACUCUCUCCCAGGAGCUGGAGAACUCUCAGAUUGAGCUGGAGAACAUCUGCAAGCAGAAGAGUGUGGUGGACGAGCAGGUGUCCCUGCUGCAGCACGAGAAGGUGGACCUGCUGAAGAGGCUAGAGGAGGACCAGGAGGACCUCAACGAGCUCAUGAAGAAGCACAAGGCACUCAUUGCUCAGUCCUCCAGUGACAUCGCUCAGAUCCGGGAGCUGCAGGUGGAGCUGGAGGAGGUGAAGAAGCAGAGGCACUCUCUGCAGGAGGAGCUCCAGCAGAGCGCGUCCAGGGUGCAGUUCCUGGAGGCCUCCACCGUGGGGCGCAGCAUCGUCAGCAAACAGGAGGCUCGCGUGUGUGACCUGGAAAGUAAACUGGAGUUUCAGAGGGGGCAAGUCAGGAGGUUUGAGGUGCUGGUGUUGCGUUUGAGGGACAGCGUGGUCCGUCUGGGGGAGGAGCUGGAGCAGAGCGCCCAGGCCGAGGUCCGGGAGAGGGAGAACGCCCGGUACUACCGGCAGCGCCUGCAGGACACCCGGGUGGAGAUGGAGGAGCUGGUCCAGAGGGAGCAGGACAGCGGGCGGAGGCGCAUGGAGCUGGAGAUGCAGGUGGAGGAGCUGAACGCCGUCCGUCAGGCGCUGCAGGCCGACCUGGAGACCUCCAUCCGCCGCAUCGUGGACCUGCAGGCCGCCCUGGAGGAGGUGGAGUCCAGCGACGAGAGCGACUCUGAAAGCGUUCAAACUGCUGUGGAGUCCUUGACUCAAAGGAGAGAGCAUGACUCGGUGUCCAGUGUCGGGUCCAUCGGGACGGAGGACGUGGGCGAGGGGAUCCGUCAUUGGCUGGGAGUGCCCAGUGGAAGGGGGGGCGGCAGUACCGCCGGCAGCCAGAGGGGGCGCCAGUCGGUCGCUGACACCAUGAGCACCUACAGCUUCCGCUCCUGUGUGGACCCCGAUGACGAGGGCUCCGAGGCCGCGGUGGCCGGCGCCCGGGGGCCCGGUCGCGCCCCGUCCUCCUCGGCUCUGUCCGAGCUGCUGGACGGACUCCGCAAACGGCGCGGCGGCGGCGGUGAGGCGGCGGCCGAAGGAGCCGGCAGCGCCGUCUCUCUGCCGGUGUAUCAGACCACGGCGGCCUCCACCCUCAGGCGGAGGGCUUCGGCCCUCUCGCUCGGCCCCGGGGACCCCCAGGAGGCCCGGCCCGGCAUCCUCAAGCCGCCCUCGCCACUCCUGCCCCGCGCCGCCAGUGCUCGCUCCGUGGGCGACGCGCUCCCCUCGCUCCCCUCGCUGCCUCACCUCUCCUCAUUGCCACCCGCCCUCGCCGCCAGCCAUCGCCCCCCCUCCCUGACCAUCCCGGAGGAGGACCCGGUAGAGCGCCUGCUCUCCCGGACGACCCCCUUGCCGCAAGCGCCGAGGCGCUGCCUGCUGGGAGGCCUCGCCGCGGGGGAGCGGGGCGAAGGCUCCCUGGGUUCAGAACCCUUGGUCUUCCAAAACCGCCGCCUGGUGGAGGACCGCGAGGACGCCGCCUCCGACAUCCUGCCCGCCAUCCGGAGAGCGCAGUCCACCAGCAGCCUGGCCGGCUCGGUGAGGGGGGGCCGCAGGGCGCUGAGCGUCCACUUCGGAGAGUUGCCCCCCUCCACCCGCGGCAGGAAGAGCUCCGAGACCGAGUCCUCCAGCUCGGAGGGUUCCGGGGGGAGUUCCCAGGGGGGCGGGUCCAGGCGCAGGUUUGAGGGUCCGCAGGGGGAAAGGCUGGAGGCCGAGGGCAGCGAGGGGGGGGACGUGGCCUCGGUCAUGAAGAGGUACCUGAAGAAGGAGACGGACUGAGGCGGACGAGCGCCUCGACGGGUCCUCGUCUUCAGACUGAAGAAGCACGUCUGCAGUCAACAAGGAGCUUUUUAUUUUGACUCUUUGUAAACGAAUAAACACAUUUCAUCUGAA